AUGUUCACAAUGCAGACGAGCGAAAGAAACUUGUACAGGAUAAUAUCCUGCAUCCAAAGAAGUGAAGGGAUUCCGGACUCUAUCCAGAGACUGACGGAUGAAGCCCACAAAUACGAACCAUUUAGAUCGCUGGGGCCCUAUCAACUAGGUGGUGUAAUCAUGAAACUGUGCUCCUUGCGAGCUUGGAUCAGAUUGAACCCAGAUGAGGAGUGGCAAACAGCAUUUGCUAAAUGCAUCAAUCUUGAGGAGGAUAUCCGAAACCUGUAUCGCCCGAUUUUACGCUCCCAAGGUCCAUACACCACCAAGUUUAUUGAAGAGGCGACAGACGAAGUCUACCUAAAAAAAUACCACACUUACCGAAGUCUACGGAGCGCCUGGGUCUGGGAUUUGUACAAUGUGGCCAAAGUUAUUUUACACGAAACCAUUGUCGAUUUGCUUCAGCCUCAAAUCGCCAAGAUCAACACAAUGCCAACAGCACUGGCAACUCAAGCUUUGACCCAAUACGACGAGUCUCUUUGCGACCUCCAUGAAGCAAGCUCAGAUAUAUUCGCCUCAGUUCCGUUUUAUCUGAAUUUCCAUCGAAAAGAUGAACGUUCUGCGAAACCGGUAAACGCCUUGAUUCUCAUGUGGAAUCUGUACGCUGCAGCGCGUCUCACGAUAUGUGCAGGGCCGGCAAGAGAGUGGGCGAUUCAGCGAUUGCAGUUCAUGGGCCAUUCCAUGGGCGUUAGACAAGCUACAGCACUGGCGAGUGUGUUGAAGAAGCGAGCUGCAUGGGAAGCUAUAGAGAAUAAGCUGAUCUCUGAAUGUGAGAGCAUCAAAGCCAGAAGAGCUAGAAGAAUCAUCGGUACGGACACACGUUUGCUGAGGUACCUAACCGACUUACCUCCUGAACCUGUAAAUAGAGGGCCCGAGAUCUUGCUGUAG